AGGAUGGGGAGGCGUGUCCGGCUGCAGUGCAGGGCCCCCGGGAAGGCCGAGGUGCUGAAGGCCGGAGAUCCGCCGCUGGUCCCGGGUUUGUGUGAUCGGACAUGGCCCUGAGAGAGCUGAAAGUCUGCCUGCUGGGGGACACUGGUGUCGGAAAAUCCAGUAUCGUCUGGCGGUUUGUAGAAGACAGCUUUGAUCCGAAUAUCAAUCCCACAAUUGGGGCUUCUUUUAUGACCAAGACUGUACAGUAUCAGAACGAACUCCAUAAGUUUCUUAUAUGGGAUACGGCUGGACAAGAGCGGUUCCGUGCAUUGGCUCCAAUGUAUUACAGAGGAUCGACGGCGGCCAUCAUAGCAUAUGACAUUACAAAGGAGGAAACGUUUUCAACGUUGAAGAACUGGGUGAAGGAGCUUCGUCAGCAUGGGCCCCCCAACAUCGUGGUGGCAAUAGCUGGAAACAAAUGUGACCUGAAUGACGUCAGGGAAGUGCUGGAAAAAGAUGCUAAAGAUUAUGCUGAUUCCAUCAAUGCUGUGUUUGUGGAGACAAGUGCCAAGAACGCCAUCAACAUUAAUGAGCUAUUCUUAGAAAUUAGUAAAAGAAUCCCAUCAACCAAUGCCAGCGCCACAUACGGAAAGGGAUUUAAGCUUCGAAGGCAAUCUUCAGAGGUGGAGCGCCGAUGCUGCUGACCAGAUGGAUGUGUAGACUGUUUGAGAAUGGUGCCUCCACCAGUCUAGUUACCACUAUGCACACAGUGUGUACGCUUCCUCCGCUGUAAGCUUUCCACAGAAAGGGAAAAUGUAUAGACCCCGUCCGUCUAUAUAGUGUUGUUUUUAUUUUUUUUGUUUUUUAUAUAUACUAUAGCUUAGAAUUCUUCGGUACUCAUGUUGGAAGGAUCUCUGUUCUCCCUGCUUAACCCAGAGCUCCAUCGUUCAUCUUUCCAUGCUUGUCCUCUAGGAGGACAUGGAGGCCAUUCAGAUGGAAGACUGGGGCCAUUCCAAUACUCGGACAGGUUCAAUCGUCCACAUUAGAUAAGAUAUUAUUUAAGAGCAAGUGGGUCAAUGACUCCUUUCUGUGUUUUUUAUUUUUUAUUUUAUUUUUAUUUUUUUAAAGCUCAACAUCUUCUCGAAACAGAUCUGUUCAGAGAAAAGAUUGACCGGUUGUCGUAAGACUUAAAGUGGAGUUCCACCCAUAAAUAUAACAUUACAUCAGUAGUUUUAAAAAAAAUGUCAUUAG